CCUUGUACGAGGCCUCUCCGUUUCUGAAGCGCGCCCAAUUAGGUUGUUUGCGCUUGUUUUGUUUGCUUGAAGAUGGUCUCAGUCGGCUUGAUCACUGCUAGGUUAUCGGAUCUGCAGGAUAAUAUUACGAAGUUGUCGCAUGAACUAGAGGUCAAACGUAAAGAGAGUGAUUCACAGAAAAACAUUGUUAAAAAGCUUGAUGCAGAAAUCAAAGACAAACAUCGGUUUUUGGAUAGUCUAGAACAGAAGAGUGAAAAACAGAAGGAGGCUAUAAAGGCAAACUUUGAGCGCCUCUGCGAACUGCAGAAGUCUGCUACUGAGUGUCAAAAAGCACACGAGUCUCUGGAAAAACGCUUAGAAAGUCAAGAAGAAGCUAUCAGGUGUCUUGAAAAUGAAGUUAGUGAAGCACAAAGUCAAGCAAAGGUCUCAGCUCAGAUUUAUGACGAGGCACUCAAACAGCUUCAAGAUAAGUUAGAUAUCGUAGAAAAGUGUGAAAAAGAAGAAGAAUCUCUCCUGAAAACUAUCAAGGAGCUGAAAGAUGAGGCGAAUACACAUGGGAACAAACUUCGUCGUAUGGAUGUGCAACAACUUGAGGGAGAUAAACGCAUCGAAAGGCUUGAAAAUUUCAUUAAAGAUUUAUCGGAACAAAUUGUAUCGGCCACUCAACGAGCUGUUGAAGCAGAAAGAGAAUCUGAAAGACUAGGAACUGAAUUAACAUUUCUUGAAGAAGAAGCGAAUGAAUGGCAUGAAAAAUCUAUGAAUAUUCAAGAACAAAUUGAUAUGGUGAAGAGUACAGUCAACGAAACAUGAUUAUGUAAUCUGUUGAUUUAUGUCAUACUUUCCAACACUGAACUGAAAGAAAGUGUACAGAAGCAAAGUAAAUGCAAUUAGCAAUAAGACAAAUUAGCACUUUCUCUAUUGAAGCGCGUAUCUUAAAUGAAAAGUAUAAAUGAUCUGCUGCAACACAUUGAGGUAAAUCACAUUGUUUACCAAAAUACAAAUAAAUAAAAUUUGAAUAUGAAAAA